CUACACCUAAUUAUUAACCACUCCCAAGACUUUUCUUUCCUAUUAUAAUCCAACUUAUAUAUGCUAUAUAUGUUCCAUGAAAACAUUAGACAAAUAUAUUUCUCAAAGUUAUGGAGUUGAUUUCCACCAUUAAAGACACUUGGAAAAUCUUCUUACUUGGAGGCAUAAUUAGUUGCUUUAUGCUUCUCCUUCUUCUCCAUGCAAAUAAUGAAAAUGCGAGUCUUAAUCCCGGCCACGCUAGAACUUCCGUGGUCGGGAAUUUCCCACAGUUGUCCGGUGAAUCCGAGGCGAUUACGUCGUCGUCGUCUAGUAUGGUUGCAGAUGAUAUAAACCCUUCUAUUUUUACUACCUCGACCAUGAUUGCUAAGGCUCCGGAGCCUUCUAUUUUUAGUACUCCUAGUCCACCACCUUUACCUAGCAACUUUGUUAAGGCCCCGGAACCUUCUAUUUUUAGUACCCCUAGUCCACCACCUUUACCUAGCAACUUUGUUAAGGCCCCGGAACCUUCUAUUUUUACUAUUUCAAGUCCACCACCUUUACCUAGCAACUUUGUUAAGGCCCCGAAACCUUCUAUUUUUAGUACUCCUAGUCCACCACCUUUACCUAGCAACUUUGUUAAGGCCCCGAAACCUUCUAUUUUUACUAUUUCAAGUCCACCACCUUUACCUAGCAACUUUGUUAAGGCCCCGGAACCUUCUAUUUUUAGUACUCCUAGUCCACCACCUUUACCUAGCAACUUUGUUAAGGCCCCGGAACCUUCUAUUUUUAGUACUCCUAGUCCACCACCUUUACCUAGCAACUUUGUUAAGGCCCCGGAACCUUCUAUUUUUAGUACUCCUAGUCCACCACCUUUACCUAGCAACUUUGUUAAGGCCCCGGAACCUUCUAUUUUUAGUACUCCUAGUCCACCACCUUUACCUAGCAACUUUGUUAAGGCCCCGGAACCUUCUAUUUUUAGUACUCCUAGUCCACCACCUUUACCUACCAACUUUGUUAAGACCCCGGAACCUUCUAUUUUUACUACUUCAAGUCCACCACCUUUAGCUAGCAACAUUUUUGAGGCUCCCAAAUCUACUGUCUUUACUACUCCCAGUACACCAUCGGAGAACCUUAAUGCACCAAAGAAGGCUGAAAAGAAGUGCAACAUCUAUGAUGGGAGAUGGGUUUAUAAGGCGGAUGCAGAACCUAGCUAUUGUCCCUUGAAGUGCCCAUUUGUUGAGGAGAAGAUGAGCUGCAAGAAGAAUGGGAGACCAGAUUUGGAGUAUGAAAAGUGGGUUUGGAAACCAAGAGAUUGUGACAUUCCAAUGCUGAAUGGAACGGACUUGGUAGAAAGAUUUAGAAACAAGAGAAUCGUGUUAGUAGGAGACUCACUCAACAGAAAUAUGUGGGAAUCUCUUUGUUGUACUUUGUAUUCUCACAUUCCCUAUCCUUCCUUAAAAGCUCAAAUCUAUUAUGAAAACCUACAUGGUCGGACCUUCUUAAAAGUUAAGGAGGACUAUAAUUUCACUAUAGAGUUUAUUUGGAGCCCAUUUUUUGUUGAACUCAACAAAACUCAUGAAAGUGGCAAAAAAGUUCUUGUGCUCGACAAGCUAGUCAAUCCCGAGCUAUGGUUAAAUGCUGAUGUUCUGAUAUUCAACUCAGGUCACCACUGGAAUCAAAUGCCUCCCAAAAAAGCGGUUUAAUUGAAAUGGUGUAUUUGGACAAUCAUUUGAAGAGGGUUUCAAGUAUGAAACCUCCCCAAAAAUGACACCUUUGUAUGAUUUUCCUAGUUACCAAAAGGUAUGAACCCUAAUUGGUAACAUCAUAGGAUUUUCGUAUUAGAUAGACUACAUAGUAGAUGCAGGUAGGGAUUCGGAAUUACCUAGCUAGGGUUAGGUUAGAAUUCCUUUUGGAGCUCCCAAUUGCUUGAACACUUGAAAUUGUAUAGAGAUUUGAAGAUUGAAACUUGAUUUUUGUAUUUGAUUUUUGAGAUUGAAUUUAAGAAUUACGACGUUCUGGUUAUAAUUUGAUGCCCUAAAAUUCUUGGAAAUCAGGGUUUAAAUAGAAAAUUGGAUGGCUAAACGCCAAGUGUCAGCUGCGCCCAGCGCAGAGGCUGGCGUCUAGGCGCCGCUGACGUGGCACAGGAAACGCCAAAGCAAGGUGUAGGACUAGUUUUUGAUUCCUCUUCCUACGGGGCGGUUUUUUGGAAACCUUUGUAUUUUUGUACUGUGUAGGAGUCGCCACCAAACAUUGUUUAGGGUCUCGUUUGGAAAGACCGAAAAUGACUCUAUUAGGAUAAGGCUUUGAAUCUUCGAAACGGAUGGGUGAGAUCCGGGCAAGGGAACGAGAUGCUUAUUCCGCGAGCUUUAGAAAUAAUUCAAGUGCGCGACACAACAUUUUCGAAAAUACCCUAGUUUAGACUAUGUGGGUUUGAAUUUAAAACAAAUAGAAUUUCUAAUUUGUAUGGUGGUCACUUUGCUUUAAAGUUAAUUUAAGGGAACCUAAGAUCGGUUUGUCCAAGAAAUUAUCUUUGAUAAGCGUGAUGUAACCUUGCAUUUUGUUGUAUUUAGCAUGUGAGGUGAUGAAAGCGAUAAACAAGUAAAGCAACAUCACAAUUGAAAAUAAGUGCAGAAUUCGUAAAGUACAAGACCCCCUAGAAAUGGACUAGGGAGUAGGUCCACAUUGCCUAGAAGGACUAGGCAAGUAAAGUUGCGGAAUUGAAAGUGCGGAAUUGAAAUGCGAAAUUGAAAUUGCGUAAUUGAAAGGUGCGGAAUUGGAAUUGUGGAAUUGAAAGGUGCGGAAUUGAAAGGUGGAUAAUUGAAAUUGCGGAAUAGAAAUUGCAAUAUUGAAAUAGAAUUUAAGCACAUGAGGUCCGAACGCCAAACGGCUACUUAAAAAUAAGUGCGUCCGACACGGAGUCAAAGCUAAAAAAUCUCAACUUAGUAUGUAUUGUUCACCCAAAGUAUCCUAGAUUUUGCAUAUAGAACUUGAACUUGAAAAGUUUGAACCUUGAAAUGUUGAACUUUGAAAUAUUGAACUUGAACUUGAAAUAUUGAACUUGAAAUAUUGAACUUGAAACUUGAAAUAUUGAACUUAAGAGACUUGAAUCUCAAAGAUCGGGCCUUUUAAUGUUGAAAAGGUUAGAUCUUUGAUGAGCUCUUACUUUGAAAUGAUCCUAGUUUUAGGGAAGUGAUUAUGAACAACCCUAAACAUCAUUGGACCUUGAAACUUGAACUUG